UCACUAUUAACUUAAUCUUUUUUUGUAGCAAACCAAAUAAAUUCUCCGCAUUCGCACGUGUAGUUCAGAAAUUGUUUUUAUUUUUAUUGAAAAAUUAGAAAGUAAAAUAUAAUUUUAAUAAAAUGAGUGACGAUGAAGGUGACGACAACAAAUACACCUCCACCGAACCUGUAGAAAAUGCCUGGGCCUUAAAAAUCCCCGAAUUCAAACAAGAUCACAAUACUCACGGAUUAGUUGAGGAAAGUUCAUUUGCCACGCUCUUCCCGAAAUAUCGUGAAAAGUACCUCAAAGAGGUAUGGCCCUUAGUUCAGCAAGUAUUGGAUGAAUCCCAUCUCAAAGCGGAACUCGAUUUAGUCGAAGGCAGCAUGAUUGUAAAGACAACUAGAAAAACAUGGGAUCCUUUCAUUGUCAUCAAGGCGAGGGAUAUGAUCAAGUUGAUGGCCCGCAGUGUUCCCUUCGAACAAGCCAAACGUGUGCUGGAAGAUGAGAUAGGAUGUGAUAUCAUUAAAAUUGGAAGCUUAGUGCGAAAGAAGGACAAAUUCGUGAAACGAAGACAACGUCUAAUCGGUCCCAACGGAGCGACUCUCAAAUCCAUCGAACUCCUCACAGAUUGCUAUGUUCUGGUGCAGGGAAACACAGUAUCGGCUCUCGGACCGUACAGAGGUCUGCAACAAGUUCGAGAAAUUGUCACUGAAACUAUGAACAACGUCCAUCCUAUCUACAAUAUCAAAGCUUUAAUGAUCAAACGAGAGCUGGCGAAAGAUCCAAAGCUAGCCAACGAAGAUUGGUCACGAUUCCUGCCCAAGUUCAAGAACAAGAACAUCAGCAAACGUAAGCAACCGAAGAACAAGAAAGCCAAAAAGGAGUACACUCCAUUCCCGCCAGAGCAGCCUGAGAGUAAGAUCGACAAACAACUCGCCUCGGGUGAGUACUUCCUCAACAAGGAACAGAAACAAGGGCGCAAGAACAAGGAACGCGAAGAGAAACAAGCUGCCUCUGCAAAGAAACAGGAAGAAAAGCGUAGCAAAGAUUUCAAUCCACCUGAAGAACCCAAUCGAAAGAGGAAAGCGGACUCCAAUGAUUCUGGGAAGGUGGAUGUUAAGGCUUUGAAGGCCAAGUUGGCAAAAGCAAACAAGAAGAUGAAGACGAAAUGAGGGGUAUGACGAGGUGACGAUAGUUUUAAGCUUAUUUUUUAAAUAAAAGAAAAGUUAAAUUUA